GUGUUGAUCUUGAAACGUUAUGCCAGUGGUGCUGGUGUGCGACUGCGGCCCUUUCAGCUCAAGCUCAUUACUAUCGGCCUGUGUGUUUUGUCGCGUGAAGUAGUCAUGUUUCCUUUUUGUGUGACCAUGGUGUUGUUUUCGUUAAAUAUUUGUCUACUGACUCGGUCAUAAUCGGAGCCUACUAGAAGCCUUGAAGGCGCCAGCAAAGAGAGAGGGAGCGGCUCCGCACUAUGGCAGUGCCAUUAUUUGGCAGAAGCCGAGUCGGCAGCGUAGCAGAUACAGUAGACGUCGACACUAUAAAAUUGACAAAUUAUACAGACACAGUACAUCACUUGGACAAGUUCUAUGGUCAAGUGAAGCGGCAACUGCUCAACUUCCAAAGCCCAACAACAGGGCUGUUCCCACGGCUUUCUCGAGAUAAGGAGCAUGGGUAUGUUCGUGACAGCAUCUACUGUGCUGUUGCCAUAUGGAGCCUUUACCAGUCCUACAAGAGGAUCGAUGAUGAUCGAGGCAAAUCGUAUGAGCUGGGCCAGAGUGUCGUUAAAUGUAUGCGUGGCAUAUUGUUUUGCUGGAUGCGACAGUCUAAGGACAAGAUGGAAAAAUUUAAAGUGGAGCAAGGGCCGCAGCAUGCUCUGCACUCAAUCUUUCACCUGAAAACUGGCAUGACUGUCAUUCCUGAAAGUGAUUAUGGGCACCUACAGAUCGAUUCAGUGUCACUUUAUCUACUGUAUCUUGUUCAAAUGAUCACCUCAGGGCUCCAGAUCAUUUAUACAAUGGAUGAAGUGAACUUUGUACAGAACUUGGUGUACUACGUGGAAAGAGCUUACCGCACACCAGAUUUUGGAAUUUGGGAAAGGGGCAGCAAGUAUAACAAUGGCACCCCUGAGAUUCACUCAAGCUCAAUAGGCAUGGCAAAAUCUGCAUUGGAAGCUAUCAAUGGCUGCAACUUGUUUGGUGACAAGGGUGCGUCAUGGUCUGUCAUCUAUGUGGAUGUUGAUGCUCACAACCGCAACAGAAGUAUCUUUGAGACAUUACUGCCGAGAGAGUCGAGUUCAAAGAACACAGACACUGGGCUCCUCAUGGCAGUCAGCUUUCCAUGUUUUGCCACCCAUGAUGACUACUUGUACAAACGCACGAAAGAUAAAAUAAUACGAAAGCUUCAUCGGAGUAAUUAUGGCAUCAAGCGAUUUUUACGAGAUGGCUAUGGCACUGUGCUUGAAGACAGAAGCCGUAAAUACUACACAUCAGGGGAAACCAAGGCAUUUGAAAACAUCGAGUCGGAGUGGCCAAUGUUUUUUAUUCUUAUGAUACUUGAUGGUAUAUUCAAGGGUUUGGAUGAUCAAGUUCAGAAGUACAAGCAGCUGCUAGCACCAAGAUUGAAGAGGGACAAAUAUGGAGAUGGCACUGUAGAUUCUUCAUCAAGAAAGCCCACAGGACAGACGGAUUGGGCCAAGGAUGGAACGAAAGAAUGGGAAGACUACAUUGUGCCAAUGUACUUCUACGUCCCCAAGGAGUUCCUUGAUGCGGAGCGAGCAGAACCGGGAUCACAGCCCAGGUUGCCAAGUGCUGAAGGGGAUGUGGACAACUUGUUCAUGAUGGGCCAGGCAUUGUACAUAAUCUCCAAGCUUUUAUUGGAGGGCCUCCUGCACAUCUCUGAACUGGAUCCAGUACGACGGUACUUGCCAUCGUGUAAUCGUCCCAGACGAACGGACAGAUACUCGGCAUUUCAGGUGGGCCAUUUUAGUGCGGCCACAGACCUGGUGGUGCAAGUGGUGCUGAUAGCAGAGAGCAUGCGGCUACAGGCUAUGAUGGCAACAUAUGGCAUCCAGACCCAGACACCACAUGAAGUGGAACCUGUCCAGAUAUGGUCUCCAAAGCAGCUGAUGAAGGUUUAUGAAUUCCUCGGUGUGAAUCGGAAGCUUGGCUUGAAAGGAAGGCCGCAACGUCCAAUUGGUGCAUUAGGAACAAGCAAGCUGUAUCGGAUAUGUGGACAGACAGUGUUGUGCUAUCCACUUAUCUUUGAAGUCAACGACUUCUACCUGUCACAUGACAUGGCGCUACUCAUCGAUGACAUAAAGAAUGAGCUGACGUUUGUUGGAAAGUACUGGCGUAUGUCUGGUAGGCCAACACUUGCCAUUGUUAUCAGAGAAGAUAAUAUGAGAGAUGCACACUUCAAGGAGCUGCUAGACCUCUUGGCGAUGCUGAAAAAGGGCCACUGUGACGGGCUGAAAGUGCGAUUGGGGAGGCUACAGAACCUCAUUUCUUCAUCGUGCAUUGAGCACUUGGAUUUCCUGCACCUGCUGCCGCAUGAUGCUCUUCCCAAGUUUGAUGCUUUCCAGCAGCUUGAGCAUACCAACACUGGCUACCAGAGCCUAACUGAUGUGUCCAAGGUCCACAAGUACAGUGAGCCAUCCUAUGAUUAUUCGUCAUUCUACUCAAAGUCAAACAAUGAAAUCAUAGAAGCCCUGGUCAGCGUGGACACACUGAAUGGUCAAAGCCAACUGCUGGGCAUCUUGUGGAACAGAGUGAGCCCAAGCUUCACCAUAGAUGGAGUGAUGCUCAAGGACAGGCUGGAAAAGCUAACAAGACAGGCAGGUGCACUCAAACACUGGGCAGUUGUGCGUCGCUGCUCCAGCAUUUUGGGAAAGGUUGUGGACAGUCUCAGUCCUUACAUCACAGCCAUAUUGGUCAAUGGAAAACAGAUCACUGUGGGUGUCUUUGGCCGAGAUGAAGCUGUUAUUGAUAAGCCAUUGACCCCAAAGGAAAUUAAGAGCAUUAUUUAUGCACAGUGCAAAGAUCAUGUAUACCAUGCUGUACUGCUUCAAGAAGUCAUCGUUUAUGUUGGUCGUCUCAUCUCCACCACACCAAAGCUUUUUGAGGGCAUACUCAAGAUCAGAACUGGGUCUGUACUUCAUGCAAUGAACCUUUACCUCAAGUUCACGCAAGCUUCUCCUCCGACGCUAGAAAGUCUUUCUCCGAGUGAGCUGAGGAAAGUUGUGUACAACGUGUUCACACUGCGUGACAGCACUGAUGUCAAGUUGUCUCAGCACUGCACGAGACAGAUAGAAGGGGCAUUAUGCAGAGUGCCCAAGGACUUCUUUGACAGAGUGUGGGAUGUCAUGACACGGACCCCAGGAGGAAUUGUUGUUGCUGGGCAUCACCUACCACAGCAACCUACACUAAGUGAAUUAACCAUAUAUGACUUAAACUUUGCCCUUCAAGUAGAAAUGCUGCUGAGCCACGUCUCCUUGCCAGAAUACCGGCACGUCAUGAUUGAGCUCCUCAUGGUGAUUGACGUGAUCCUAAAAAGAAAUCCAGAGUUCUCAUUUAGUGAGAAGGUUGACCUGGAUGUGCUGAUUGAAGAUGCAUUCAAGAUCUUCAAGAGUGAGCAGCACCCUGAUGAAUCGGAUGCGAAGAACAUGAUGUCCUUCUAUGACUCUCCGUCAUCUGUGACUUCAUGCUACCUUUCACGUGGAAUUAUGACCCGUCUGCUUACCUCAGGCAUAGAAAACCUGAGCACAGAAGAGUGCUGUAUAUCUUAAACAGCCCUGCGCAUUAGUGGUCUAAAAGGUUUUAUUUCUUAUAUAGUCACACCUUGGGCACCCUGGUCCUGUUGUCAAAUCUAGUCCACCUCGCAGCCUGGUGUGUUGAACUUGUUGAUGUAGUAGUAGUCUGUUAAAUAUACUGCUCUUCCCUACCUUCACAUCCCCCCACUUUUUUUUUUCUUUUUUUUCAUGCGGCACAGUUUGUGUAGAAGUACCAGGUCAAAGCCAUGAUGUAGAAUUAGUUUGACCGAGCACUCCAUCACAAUAUGUGCUUUGCUAGUCAUCCAACUUAACUACGUCAAGAUGGAAAAACUUUUCUUAAAAUUUGCCCAGAAUAUAAUAUUUCCCACAGUUGUGGUUGUACUUGCCGCUUCUCCACUGUACUUAGGCUCAACUUUAAGUGGAAUGCUGAGGCCAGCUGUACUGUAAGUUCUGCCAGUACAAAGGCCAUAUUGGUGCGGGUAUUUCUCUUCAGCUCGGCCCUUGCUGUAACAUCUUGUUAUUUCUGAAUCUCCUAUCCUCAACCGCAUGCCCCUUAUCGCAUCAGAGAAGCUGGUUUGUCAUGGAAUCAAUAAAAAUAUGCACCUUCAA